UUUAAUAUUUUCUAUAAAAUCAGCUUCAUUAAACCCGUUAUAGCCAUCGAAUUCUAACAGUACUUUGACAUACUUAUAACUAUAGAUGUACGUAUAGCAACAUCUUCCUCAGAAUCAGAAAAAAACUGGCCGUGUAAACAUCGUUCUUAGGUUAUGUUGAUACAAAACAUUAUUACCGAGAAAGUCAUUGUUUUCAUGUAAAUGAUAGUGUGAGUAAUUAGUGAUAUCAGUCGGUAGGGAGCGCAGCGAACAACGUAAAUAUUCACUUAAGAAAAAACGACACAAGUAACCAUUUCUUCAAAUGUGCGUAUAGAAGUUAUAGUAGUAGUAGUGAUUGUAUUGCACGAGCAUAAUAAACCGUGGCCAAGUAUACAAUAAUAAUCGUAUCCGUUUGCUGAUAAAGAACGUUUUCAGUUACAAGUUAGCAGCUGUGCAGUGAGGUUGUUCGUGUUGUUUACAAACUGAAAUUCGCUGAAAUGAGCAGCAACGUAAUGAGUAACCAAGUCCCGAUUGCAAGCAUUCCAAAUGAUGCAAGAAUUAAAAAGAUAAACAAAAUCUUUCGUGAAGAAUUUGGCUGUGAUCCGUCAUUCUUUGUCCGGGUACCGGGACGCGUAAAUAUUAUUGGAGAACAUAUCGACUACUGCGGCUAUCCAGUGUUGCCAAUGGCAUUAGAACAAGAUAUACUUAUUGCGGCAAAACUUUUAAACGAAAAGAAACUCCAACUACGAAAUGGAAAUGGAAAAUACGCAAGUUUCGAUACGGAAAUAAAAACGUUCGAGGAUAUGAACAUUGAAGCGGACUCAGAUGGAAAACCUUUCUGGUAUAAUUAUGUUCUGUGUGGAAUCAAAGGAGCCCUUGAACAUUUGGAUAAUAAAAUGACAAAUGGAUUACAACUCGUUAUCGACGGUAACGUUCCUCCAGCUUCAGGCUUGUCUAGUUCUUCAGCGUUGGUCAGUGCAGCUUGUUUGUCUUUCCUUUAUGCGCAAAAUGCUAAUUUAAGCAAAACAGAAAUUGCUUCGCUAUGUGCUAAAAGCGAAAGAUACAUCGGAACACAAGGUGGUGGAAUGGAUCAAGCCAUAGCGUUUCUUGCAGAGAAAUAUAGUGCUCAAUACAUAACUUGGAAACCGCUUAACGCCGCAUCAGUAGGUCUGCCUGAAGACGCUACAUUUGUUGUUGCGCAUAGUAUGGCGGAAGCCAACAAAGCAGCUACAAACGAUUUCAAUAGACGGGUCAUAGAAUGUAGGUUGGCAGCCAAAAUAUUAGCUACUAUUACGGGAGCGGCCAAAGAAAAUAAAGUCAUUACAUUAAGUGAAGUCCAGAAGAUACUAGAGCAUAGCUUGGAAGACAUGGUAAAACUCGUCUUGAAACAUUUGCCACAGGAUAUCUACACGAAAGGCGAAAUAUGCAACAUUUUGGAUGUUACCGAAGAAGAAAUGGAUAAUUUAUAUUUAACUCCGAAUACGCGCCACUUAAAGGAAUUCAAGUUGAAACAAAGGGCGUUGCAUGUUUACGAAGAAGCAGCGAGGGUAGAAAAGUUUCGAAAGAUUUGUAUGAAGACUGUUAAUGGUGGCUUACAUGUCACUAAUGGAAACGGUACAAAUGGGGAUAAAAAUGAUCAUAAAAAUGGUGAUUCCAAUGACAAUGAAACUCUAGAUAUUCUUGGGAAACUAAUGACAGCUAGUCAUGAAAGUUUGAAAAAUCUUUAUGAAUGUUCACAUGCUAAUUUGGAUAAGCUUGUAAAGAUAUCACAAGAUAUGAACGUUCAUUCCCGUCUAACAGGAGCAGGUUGGGGAGGCUGUAUAGUGGCUUUAUGUCCCAAAGAUAAAGUAAAUAUUUAUAUAGAAACAUUGAAACGAGAGUUUUAUGUUAAACACUGUAACAUUGAUAAAGAGAAAUCUCAUCAAUACGUAUUUGCAACCACACCAAAUCACGGUGCUGUAAUAUACAACAAUGAGAACUUUUAGAAGAUAGAUAUUUUCAAUGCUAAAAAUUAAAAUAAAUAUAGUACUGUAAUAUUUGAAAUAGCAUUUAGUUGUUGUGCCAGUAAACAAAAUAAGAUGAAUAAAAUAUAGUCAUAUCAAUAUAGUAAGAUAUAAUAGCAUUUAUUCUAUAGCAUUUAUGUACCUAUAGAAGUAACCAUAAUUCUAUCCUUUUUUGGUUUAUAAGUCAAGUGUAUCAUGGGUAACUCGUCGUAAACGGGUUAAAAACUUAAACUCGAUUAAAUCUUCACCUUACCCAAACCAAUAUUAUAAAUUAACUAACAAUUAAAUAAGUACCUAUAGUAAUUACUGGAGCUAAUUUUAAGCAUAAUAAUAAUAUAAUGCAUUUUCAAUAA